AUUCUACUGUGCCACACCGAGUGUAAUGAAAAAAACAAAGAACAAAUUCAAGAAUGAAAACGAUGACGAAGUCAUUCAGCACUUAAAUUGGGUCAAAAUCUUUGAAUCAAAUUAGAAAUUGUACACGUUCAAUGAUCGCGCAUGUGGCAAAUGAUGAGUGAGCGCGAGCUCGCAUAUAUUAUUCGUUUUUAUUCAUCAAACACCAGUUCAUGUCAUCGUUGACAUUGCACUCGCCUCGAAUAUAUAUUCCGUCAGUGCGAUGCAUGACAAAUUUUUCUCCGAGACUUUUUUUUUCUUCUUCCAUUUGAGAUGCAUGGAAUAGUUGUAAUGCGUAAGCUGUGCGCCUCUUUAAUUAAAUGUCAUUUCGAGCGACGCGUGUUUUGAAUUCGUAAGUACCAUUGAAUCAGUUUAGCUUCAUUUCAAAAUGCAUUUAAAUGAAAUUCCGUCAAAUGAAAAUAAGUAUACAAGUCAAGUGUGCGUCAUUCAAUUCUCGGAACUGAGAAAAAAAGUUCCGAUUUCGAACGGUUGUAGCGAUCGAUUUUAAAACGCUUCUAAUUUUCACACAAUAAACACAUGUUCAAUAGCAGAUUAGUUGUAUUUCUCUUUCUCUUUCUAAUUCUCUUUCAUUCAAAAGCCCUUUUUUCCAUUCGUUACAGCGUCGCGUAUGUGUUUUCAUAAUCUCUAUUUGAUUUAAAUGUUUACGCGCUAAGGCUAAGUACUCGUUUGUUUUGGUUUCAGAUUCAUGAUUUAUGACUUUCCUAAGUGAACUUUUUACUUCAAUGAUCCAUCCAUUCACUUGGAUUGUUGCCCGACUAUGCUGUAUGAAAGCAUGUAUUAUUUCAUAAGAGUUCACAUUUUCUGCAUACAAAUUGUAUGUUUGUGUUUAUGAUUCGAGUUUUGUUUUGUUGCUUUCAAACAAGAAGAUUGGCUUUUCUCUCUCUCUCUCUCUCUCUCUCUCUCUCUCUCUCUCUCUUCAACGUGUAACAGUUUCGUUUUCAACAUAUAAAUCGUUUUUCACAUAAAGUGUCGGUUUCUCCUCCAAAAAUGGUACAGUUUGAAUAGUAGCAAAAUGUCUCGGAAAUUACACCAUUUUGAAAUUUUGACAGUCAAAUAAUCGAUGUUGCCUCGCCGAAUGAUUCAUUAUUGCUGUGGAUAGAUAGAACUCUGUUUUUGUAAAUGAUCCACUCUCUAUCGCUUGAUAAUUUGUUAUUAUCUAUUAAAUAUCGUGAAUAUAUUCACGUUCCAUUCCAUGGUUUGUAUCACUUCGUCGCAAUAUGACACACAAUUUCCGAAAAAACAGAAAAAUUUCCAAUUCCGCCCCUUUGAAGAGUAUUAAAAAUUCAAUCAGUUACACUCCGACUGCUGACAUGGAUAUUUCGUAUACUUUGUUCUUAUUGUUCCUAUUGGAAUGGCCAUUGGCAAAUGGUGUUGUGAAAACUUGGAUUAAAGAUCGAAGCCAACCUUGGAGCAACAGUGAUGCGGGCCAAAAUGAAUGCAGCAAGUCAAAAGCGAUAUUCAAAAAAGAGCUCGAAGGAUUUCUCUAUAUGGACAGUCAACAGCAUCAAUUGCAAGAGGUCAUUUUGCCAUCGGAUGGCGCAAUUGUGUUGCCAGCUCAAUCGAAUAUUCAUUUUUCCAAUACAAAGAAAUGUGAAUCGGAUAACGAGGAGGCGAAUAUGUUGGGUAAAUCAAAACGAUUAUGGUUUUCAACGUCCAGUUGGCAAACUGAAGGUGAAGGUGUAAAUGUUGCAAAGCCGGACGUUUACAAGAUCCCGUGUGAGUGUGAUAUUGUGGAAUUUCCGAGUGAAAAUAUUUAUGCCGUUGAUUUGCAAUAUGUUGACGAAAUUGUGACCCAAAAAAUACUAAUCAAUGAUCGAACCGAUAACAUUGAACAAUUCCUCGAAACAACGCUCGGACAGAAAAUGUUUUUGAAUUCCGAAGCCGUUCAUUUCUCCGAAGGUUUUUGCACACCACAAAAGUAUUGUGGAUGUCAUAAACCAAUUCGCUUCCGGAAAUACACCGAAUUGGUGUGUGAAGAAGAGUCAAAAUACUGCAAAGAACCGCAUUGCAUUGAUCCAAUCAAACCGGAGGGUCAUUGUUGCCCGAUCUGCGGUGCAAUCUUAAACUUCAAAGUUGACGACACUUGCGAUUUUAAUAUGACUAGCAUGAGCGAAGUUGGGCGGAAAUUGACACGUUUUCGUAAUAGAAAAUAUGCGGAUCGGCUGCAUUACUAUGCGGGAAUGAUACCGGGCAAAACGAGAGACGAGAAUUUUGUGCAAUUAGUCGUAGCUGAAGUGGAUGAUUAUACGGGCAUUAGCGUUGAAUUCAUGGAUUACCUGACGAAGGAUCCACGGUUUCAAGUGGACAAAUACCGUCACCGAGUAUCAUCUGGAGACCGAUAUGUACGAGGCGAAUCAUCAGCGUUCCUAAUCAUGUUCUGGUCGCUUUUAUUCGUUUUAUCCGUUUACUCUGUGCUAUAUGUACACUAUGUCCGUGAGCCAAAAUACGAAACUUGGGUACCAAUAAGUCGAUUGAAUUUGCUACGUCGUUCGGUAGCAUUUGCAAGGUUCGAAAAUCGUCAUAAUGAAGACGACAAUGGCACAAUUGAUGUUCGUAUGCGAUACGAGAGUGGCGAUGAUGCGGAUGAAAAACCAGUAAAUGAUUUCAAUAAUCCCAUGUAUGAGCAGGUGACAUUAGGUAGUGUCGAAACGGAAAUGUUGCAACCGGCCACUACAUCAACGUCUCCAUCGGCCGAUGAAGCGGGCACACUAAGCACCGACAUUAAGCUAGUGAACAUCAGUUUGAAUGCAAUCGACGAGUAAAAUCGCAAAACAUGUAGCAAAAAUCCAAAUUAUAUACCAUUUGUAAUUAACAAUAAAGCUGUUCAGCCAUUAACCAAGGCAUUCGCUAUGGUUUUGAUUCCC